ACAGAGGGAGGUGGAGGGAGCAUAUGAAGUCAGAUGAGAGCGAGAGAGAGAGAGAGAGAGAGAGGGAAAUAGAUCACAGAAUUAAAGAGCAGAGGGAGAGGGAGGCUGCAGAUAUCGAUGCCAUUAACAAUGGAGCGUUAGGACACAGAGAGGUAACAGUCAGCCACACAACGGCUGAGGGGGGUGCAGAUAUUUGAGGGGGGGCUCCUCCUCAGUGAGCACAGGAGGAGGAGGAGGAGGAGGAUGGGCCUCGGACACAGACUUGCACUGGCGGUGCAAAAAUUGGAUUAAAGCAGUAUGGUAACGUUUCUAAUUUAAUCUAUGGCUGUGCUGCGUGUGUCUCGUCCUCAUGUGUUCACAUCCACGCUUGUUGACGUCCAUCGGCCGCUCCCAUCGCAGCGUGUCUCUCUGUCCUGCCGGCUGAAGGAGGCACAGGCGGACCACGUCCUCCUGUUUUCCAUGCCACAGACAUCUGCCAUCUCCACCCUCAUCAUCAUCAUCAUCCUCCUCAUCCUCGUCAUCAUCACCAUCCUUCGACCCUCCAGGAGCUUGAAUCCAUCGCAGGACGUCGACCUGCUUGCUUGUCUGGACAAGAGUGAGGUGGCAACACUAGGCCUACCCUCCACCACCAGCCAUGGGGGCUCCGACGGUAACAUCAGCGCGGAUGGAGCGGCUGCGGCCGCGCCGUCCACUGUCACGGCCGGCGGUGCCGAGGGCCCAGUGGCUGCCGAGCCACAGCGAACGCGCGCCGCUCUGGAGCACCUGCAGCAGAAGGUCCUGAAGGUCACCGAGCAGAUCCGCGUGGAGCAGGAGGCCCGCGACGACAACGUGGCCGAGUACCUCAAGUUGGCCCACAACGCCGACAAGCAGCAGGCCUCUAGGAUCAAGCAGGUGUUUGAGAAGAAGAACCAGAAGUCGGCACAGACCAUCGCACACUUGCACAAGAAACUAGAGCACUACCACAAGAAGCUAAAGGAGAUAGAACAAAAUGGACCGGCCCGACAGCCUAAGGAUGUCCUGCGGGACAUGCAGCAGGGACUGAAAGAUGUGGGGGCCAACGUUCGCGCAGGAAUAAGCGGUUUUGGAGGCGGCGUAGUCGAGGGCGUCAAAGGCGGCGUGACCGCUCUCACUCACACGGCCGUGGUCUCCAAGCCAAGAGAGUUCGCCAGUCUCAUCAGGAACAAGUUUGGCAGCGCAGAUAACAUUGCUCACCUGAAGGACACACUUGAGGACGGAGUCGGGGGCCACUCCGAGGACACCCCCACACCCCGUGCGCUCAGUGGAAGCGCCACUCUGGUCUCCAGCCCAAAGUACGGCAGUGACGACGAGUGCUCCAGCGCCACGUCCGGCUCGGGACCGUGCAGUAAUUCUGGUGGUGCCGGAGGAGGAGGAGGAGGCUUGUUAGGUCCCACCAUGGGGAGUCCAAGACUGGAUGGGCACCACCACCACCAUCACAUGCACAGCUCGUGGGACUCUCUCCUGGAGGGCCUGCACGAGAUCAAGGCCAGCCAGGCGCACAUGGAGGACGCCAUUGACGACAUGAAGGGCCAGCUGCAGAGCGACUACUCCUACAUGACGCAGUGCCUGCAAGAAGAGAGAUACAGGUACGAGCGACUUGAAGAGCAACUCAAUGACUUAACAGAGCUGCACCAGAAUGAGAUGACCAACCUGAAACAGGAGCUCGCCAGCAUGGAGGAGAAAGUGGCUUACCAGUCGUACGAGAGAGCGAGAGACAUUCAGGAGGCCGUGGAGUCGUGUCUGACCCGCAUCACUAAGCUGGAGCUGCAGCAGCAGCAGCAGCAGGUCGUCCAGCUGGAGGGAGUGGAGAACGCCAACGCGCGAGCUCUGCUGGGCAAACUCAUCAACGUCAUCCUGGCGCUCAUGGCCGUGCUGCUGGUCUUCGUCUCCACUCUGGCCAACUUCAUCACGCCACUGAUGAAGACGCGGGCCCGCGUGGCCACCACUGUCCUGCUCACGUUGCUGCUCUUCGUCCUGUGGAAGCAGUGGGACUUUGUGGAGCCGUGGCUGCUGCCCAGCUGAGCGUCAACCGGGAAUAAAAACACUGAAAGAUUCAGAGAUGACGACAUCUGCACUUGUCCACUCUUGACUAUAUGAAAGCGUGGGGGACAUGACAUGGCAGGACAAGAACAGGCCUGUGGGACAAAAAGACAUCACCUCAUCUCGUCCAAAUCAACUGCCGUUGAUGAUCAAUCAUUGUCGAUUGCAUCGCUGUCACCAAAAACUCUCUCCCUCUCUGGAAAGACACAUCUUUGGAUUGUCUUUUCUUUGUGAUACAUGAAGUACAAAGAACACACAGCGACUGUAUAAAGCUAAUCAUGUUGAAGCCACUGUACAGACAAUUAUUUGAGAGGAUGAAUUGAAUGUCUUUGUGCUCAUGCAUGCACUGAAAUGCAUGAAGUAACAUUUCAUUCAUGACAUGAAGUGAAUAUUCCACAGUAGAACUGCCAUUUUGUUGUUUUUUCAGUGUCAAACCAUCAUUUCACAUCCUGCUGUUUUGCUUUCAUAGACGCUCGCUCUUUUCUUUUUUGUCUUUUUUUCUUGAAAAAAAACAGCAAAAACCACAAUAUCCACAAAACAUUCAGCACAAUAAUUCCACAAUGUUAUAAAACCUGUUAUGUUUCAUAAGCACUAUUGUAGAACUGCUACUUCACAGUGUCGAUAAUCCUACCUGGCAUGUCAACUUGUAUCAAAGUUUAUAUCCAGUUUGCAAAAAAAGUAAUAAUAAUAAUAAUAACGAUGAUGAUUGCUGUUUUAUUAAACGAUUUAAGAAAUAAAUG